CGGAAAGGAAGCCCGUCCUGCUUUUCACCUGGCCAGCUCGAGUCGCUCCAUAAAGACAGCAUGAGUUGGUCCCGAGCUUCCCAGAAUGUCAACACGAACAACGGCUGACGAAGAGGAGGAGCAAAGCUUCGGUCUCACCAUCGAUCCAGACACAUUUGCAGCGAUGGUGGAGGUGAGGUGCGAGCUGCCUUGACGGUCUCGGAGGUGCUGCUGCAGCAUCACGCCUAUGGUUGCUGGAUUUAUGACCAUAUCCAGGGGUUGUUGAAUCUACUUCCAAAGCACAUGAUCUGGCAAUCAUAUUUGAGGGCGAGUCGAGUCCUGGGUGCUCACAAUGCCACCAGACACAAGUGCUGGCAAGGCGGAGAAUGUUCAGUACUUUCAGGGUUCGCGUUCUUUUCCACUCGCUGCAAAAAUUUAUAUUCUCUUCCGACUCUUUCCGGCUCUUUCGAUCGAACGAGGUCCGUCAUUGCGAGCAUUGCGAGGCAUAGUAACUCUUUCUCCAUGAGGUAUCCAACGAUUGUGACUUCCUGACGAUGAGACAGCAACCGCUUCUCAUCUGAAGCAAGUGCUGGGGCCGGGCCACCCAAACCAACAACAGCAACAACGAGGGAAAAAGCGACACACAAAAUCACGGUUCUGAUCUCAGUACAUGUUCAACAAAUAAUUAAAUAGUUUUAGGGUAGAUCUGAUGUAAGCCUCUUCACCAAUCAUAAUCGACACCAUGCUUGAGAUCUGGAGAAACCCUGGCAGGAAGUGACUUAAGUAGCAAAGUGAUAGCCAUGCGAUGAAGAAAAAUUAGGGAAAUCUGGCCCACGUUAUUCCAACCGUCCAUGUGGAAGUCAUAUCUGCAUACUGAUGGUUUGGUCGGUAACAAAGCAAUUCAAAGCACCUGCAGGUUGAAUGAGUACUCAAGGUGUAGGCGGAAUAGUUUAGUUGAUCAAGUCCACAUAUUCUUAUGAUUCUUAGGAUAGCCAUCAUCCGUGACAACUUGACAAAAUGAUGACUUGAUUUUCUCGCUUUGGACUUAGUCUGAGAGCCAACUAACCCCAGAAAAAGCGAUUUUUUUAUCGACAAAAACAGGCAAAUUAAUCAUUGCUAAAGACCUCAUUCAGGCCCCCUGACAGAGGAAAACCGAGUUCUUCCCCGAACCCUCGAGUGGUUCUAGCACUCUAUC